CUCUCUCUCUCUCUCUCUCUCCACAAGUGGGUACAUACUUUUGCAUUAAAAAAAGUACAUAAUAAUGGCUUUUUCCUUUCUCUUUGUGGAUCAAGACAAAGCAACAACAGCAGCAAAAUCUUCCCAUAUCAGGAAACUCCCCUUUCUGUCUUCCUUCCCCAUCUCUUCCAAAACUCAUGGAAGGCUCUGUCAUUGAACGUCUUGAUUUUGGGAAGAUGGGAUACGGGUGCAAGCAUUACAGGAGAAGAUGCAGGAUUCGAGCUCCUUGCUGUAAUGAGGUCUACACUUGCCGUCAUUGUCAUAACGAGGAAACGAGCAUGCUGAGCAACCCUUUUGAUCGGCAUGAACUCGUUCGGGACGAUGUUGAACAUGUUGUUUGUUCGGUUUGUGACACAGAGCAGCCAGUUGCUCAAGUUUGCACAAACUGUGGCGUCAGAAUGGGAGAAUAUUUCUGCGACAUCUGCAAAUUCUUCGAUGAUGAUACGGGGAAACAACAGUUUCAUUGUGAUGAUUGUGGGAUCUGCAGAGUUGGUGGUCGUGAGAAUUAUUACCACUGCAAGAAGUGCGGGUCUUGUUAUUCAAUUGGUCUGCGCGAUAAUCAUUUAUGUGUGGAGAACUCCAUGAGGCAUCAUUGUCCAAUUUGUUAUGAGUACCUUUUUGACUCAUUGAAAGACACUACUGUUAUGAAAUGUGGUCACACAAUGCAUUGUGAAUGUUAUCAAGAGAUGAUACAGCGUGACAAGUACUGUUGUCCCAUAUGCUCCAAAUCCGUGAUUGACAUGUCUAGUACAUGGAAGAGAAUUGAUGAAGAGGUAGCUGCAACUGUCAUGCCUGAUGAUUAUCGGUAUAGAAAGGUUUGGAUACUCUGUAACGACUGCAAUGACACAACCGAAGUUUACUUCCACAUUAUUGGGCACAAAUGCGGUCACUGCAGUUCAUAUAAUACUCGUGCUAUUGCUCCUCCUGUUCUUCCUCAAUGACCAAAUUCUUGAGUUUCUGAGAUAGAUUUUCCCAGGGAGUAAAUUAAAGAUGUGACCCAAUUAUUGUAAAUCCUUAUUUAAUUGAUCAUCAAGAUCAAUGAUGUAUUGUGCCCUGUAACUUUUCUUAGGUUAUUUUUCCUCCACCAUAUGGAGUGGACUAUUGAGUUAGUAUCUGAGUCAUUAGCCUGAUAUAAACAUUUGUAUACUGUAAUAUAGGGAAAACUAUUCACCCAUCAUACCCUGCUGGUAAUUGUGUUUUCUAGUGAUGUAUUUAU